AUGUACUUCCGCGUCAACGGCAUCCCCAUGUUCCUCAAGGGGGCCAACCUGAUCCCCUUCCACACGGUGCGGACCCAGGUCACGCCCGAGCUCAUGAACGGAGUGCUCAAGGCCGCCACUGACGUCCAUUUCAACGUGCUGCGCGUCUGGGGCGGCGGCAUCUACCAGACUGACGCGUUCUACACCGCCUGCGACAGGCUGGGCCUGCUGGUCUGGCAGGAGGCCAUGUUUGCGUGUGCCAUGUACCCUGCUGACACCGCCUUCCUUGCCGAUGUCCGCGAGGAGAUGCGGGAGCAGGUGCUGCGCAUCGGCCACCAUCCCUCCGUCGCCCUCUGGGGAGGCAACAACGAGAACGAGGCGGCGUUUGGCUGGUUCAGCGAGUCCCGUAACGACCGCGCCUUCUACCAGAAGGAUUACGUGAAGCUCUACUUUGACACCGUCGGUGACGAGAUUGUCAAGCUGGACCCCGAGCGCCCCUUCAUCGACUCGUCCCCCGCGAAUGGCCCCUUCUACCCGGGCGCCACCGCCGAGGGGAAGCUGCCCAUGAGCCUCGACGAGGUCCUGCGCACCAAGCGCUGGGGCGACGCCGGAGGCUCCAAGUUCGGCGACAUGCACUUUUACGAGAACUACAAUGACUGCACAGCGCCGGGCGUGGUGCCUGUCGCGCGCAUCAUGUCUGAGUUUGGCUGGCAAAGCGAUGCGCCCUUCUUCUCCAUCAAGUCUGUGACGCCGGCCCAGGACUGGGACACUUGGGCCGAGACUGCACAGUACCGCCAGCGCUGGCUCUCGGACGGCACCCGCCUGAAGGUCCUGCAGAUGGGCAAGGUGUUCGGCGGCCUGCCCAGCCACAACUUCAUGGCCAGCGAGCCCCAGCAGAAGGCUAAGCUGUACUCGGAUUAUAUCUAUCUGCGCCAGGUGAUGCAGUCCGUGUGCUACGACCACACCAUUUCCAUGAUGCGCCGCAACAUGCACAACCCGGCCAAGAUGUCGAUGGGCACCCUCUACUGGCAGCUCAACGACGGCGCCAGCUGGUCGUCCUUUGACUAUGAGGGCCGCUGGAAGCCGCUGCACCACGCCCUGUCCCGCGUUUACGCGCCCCUGCAGCUGCAGGCCUUCGUGCGCCCCGAGGACGACACCGCCGCCGUCCUGCUCUCGUACGACGAGGCGGCGCCCCUGCCGGCGGGCGUGGCUGUGGAUGUCUACCUGCACUCGCUGUCUGCUGGAAACGCCCCUGCGAGCGCAAACGCGACCGCCGCCUGCCUGGCCGGCGAUGACGACUCCGCGCCCAAGGCCCUCGUCGGGUCCUUCAAGGUUGAUGCCGGCGAGGUCCUCACGGCCAAGCCAUCCUGGUCGCUGCGCGUGGACGAGGUCCUGGCCAAGCUGCCCGGCUGCGGCCGCGGCACGUGCUUCCUGCGCGCCGUAGCCCGCGAGGCGGGGGCUGGCGGCGUGAAGGGCGCGCGGGCGAGGGGCGGGCAGUACGGCCUGCUCGGCGCGGCCAACGGCAGGGGCAGGGACGUGGACGUGCAGGAGGCUGUCCUUUUCUUUGACAAGUUCAACUCACUUGCGCUUCCCGAGGUUAGCGUGCGCCCCCACUCCUUCAAGAAGGUCGCCCCCAAGACCAUCGAGUUCCAGGUCACCGCCGCCGGCGGCGCCGCCGCGCACGCGUUCUGGGACGCCGCGCCCGCCGGCCGCUUCAGUGUCAACGGCGUCCAGGCGCUGCGGCCGUGCGCGCCGCUCGCGGUCAGAUUCGAGGCCGCCGAUGAGGUCGAGGUUUCGGACCUCGAGAGCAGCCUGACGAUCUGGACGAUCAACGGCGCGCUGCAGGGCAAGCAGCGGGCGCCGCUGCUGGGCGUCGCGGGCAGGGACGUUGCGGCUGCGCGCAGGGCGCCCGUGCGCCCCUCGCGCCGCAUGAUGCUCGCCGUCUGA